GGAAGCCGGAACCGAAAGUAAAAAGUGAAUCAGAAGGGAGUGGCUGCAGUCGGUCCGUUAGAUCGAGCUCUGCUCCGUUAGAUAAAGUUAAUUUCUUUAUUUGUGGCUCUUUUUGUCAAAAUUUUCUGAAUACUUAAAAAACAAUGGAGCUUCUUUUAGUCUUGUGCCUCUGCAUCUCCACUUGGACUGGAAAGACGCUUGGUGAUGAAAACGGUCUCAUCACUGUGAAUGUAUCACAGGGUAAAGAUGCCAUCUUACCCUGUUCUCCAACCACAAAGGAAAAUCUCUCAUUUAAGUCAUUUAAGUGGAGAAAAGAUGGUCAGAAUGUGUUUUAUUAUGAUGCUGGGAAUCAUUACAACGAUGGACUUGAUGGUCAAGGUCCACAGUUCAAAGGACGUGUGUUAUUUUUUCAAGAUCAGCUACGUUCUGGUGAUGCCUCCAUUCAGAUCCAAACUGUAACGAUUCAAGACAGUGGAAUCUACAGCUGUGAGAUUUCAGGUCUUAAUUCAGGAAUUCAAACAUUCAACAUCAAGCUUGUUGUCGAUGUUCCAACACUUAAUGCAACAGAGGGCACUGAUGUCAUGUUGCAGUGUUUUCCCAGUGGAAAGAUCGACCUCACACAUCAAAUGUUCGACUGGAAGAAAGAUGAUACGCAGGAGGUGUUUUUAUAUGACAAUGGCAGUCAUUACAACAAUGGAAAAUCUGGUCAACAUAAAAAUUUCAAAAAUCGUGUCGAGUUUUUCCAAGAUCAGCUCCAGUUUGGCAAUGCCUCCAUACGUAUCAAAAACGCAAAGAGGAAUGACAGUGGAAACUACAUUUGUAAAUUUCCAAAGCUUCAGCCACUAGGACAGAUGUUCUACAUGAAGCUUGUUGUUCAAUGUAUCAACUUAAAGGACAGAACACACAUCUGUGGAUCGGAUGUUUGUCCAAAGCCAAGACUCAACACUAAAAAAACAGAUCAUGUCAUAAGGGUGAUCUGUUCAUUUCCUGAUGUUUCAAAAGUCAAGAUGGAGAUGGAGUUGCAUAACAGUGAUGAUGAGCCGGUAAAUAAGCCUGUUGAUGCUGGAACCUCACAGAAUUCACAAUACUUCAUGUUUUCUGUGACCAAGGAAGGCUACUAUCGUUGCCUUGUGAAGCAGAAAGAAUUCUGCCAUCAAAUUUAUUCAGUGAAGAAUUUU